CAAAGCCCAGACGGAAGUGCGGGCGGAGGAGCCGGCGCCGGAGCUCCAGCCUCAGCCCCAGCCGGGAGCAGGUCUCGGCAGGGGGAGGGGGGCUCCGGGCUGUGGGAAACUGCUGGGUCUGGCAGCGAUGGCGACCCUGUGGGGAGGCUUCCUGCGGCUUGGCUCCUUGCUCAGCCUGUCCUGCCUGGCGCUCUCAGUGCUGCUGCUGGUGCAGCUGUCAGACGCCGCCAAGAACUUUGAGGAUGUCCGAUGUAAAUGUAUCUGUCCUCCCUAUAAAGAUAAUUCUGGGCAUAUUUAUAAUAAGAACAUAUCCCAAAAAGAUUGUGAUUGCCUUCAUGUUGUGGAUCCCAUGCCUGUGCGUGGGCCUGAUGUGGAAGCCUACUGUCUACGCUGUGAAUGCAAGUAUGAGGAAAGAAGCUCUGUUACAAUCAAGGUUACCAUUAUAAUUUAUCUCUCCAUUUUGGGCCUUCUACUUCUGUACAUGGUGUAUCUUACCCUGGUUGAGCCCAUACUGAAGAGACGCCUGUUUGGACACUCACAAUUGAUACAGAGCGAUGAUGAUGUUGGGGAUCACCAGCCUUUUGCAAAUGCCCAUGAUGUGCUAGCCCGCUCCCGCAGUCGAGCCAAUGUGCUGAAUAAGGUAGAGUAUGCCCAGCAGCGCUGGAAGCUUCAAGUUCAGGAGCAGCGAAAAUCCGUCUUUGACCGUCAUGUUGUCCUCAGCUAAUUGGAAAUCAUACCGAAGGUGAUUAGAAAGAAAUGAGGCAAACAACUGAAAAAUAUUGACUGAGUAUUCCUGGGUUUUGUUUUAAUACCCUGUUGAUUUCACCAACUUUUGCUGGGAAAUUCAGCAUUGGAAACAAAAAUGUGCUUGGUAUUUUCCUUUCUUGUUAAGGUAUUAAUACAGACAUUUUUUAAAAGCACACACCUCAGAGUCAGCCAAUAAACCUUUUUCCUAUUUGUGACUUUUACUAAUAAAAAAUAAGUCGGCCUGUAAAUUAUCUUGAAGUCCUUUACCCAGAACAAAUACUCUCUUUUUCACCAUGCAGUUUUAACUUGGUUUUCAAGAUAAUUUUCAGGUGUUGUUUUGUUUUGAUUUGUCUUUCUGGCAGGGAAGAGGAGGGGUGUGUGGGAAGUGGUUAGCAUAACUUUUCUCAAGUCACUUUACUAAACAAACUUUUGUAAAUAGACUUAACAUUCUAUUUUCAAGUUUCAUUUAUAUUUUGCAGUGUAGCCAGCCUCAUCAAAGCCCUGACUUACCCAUUUGAAUUUUGCACUGACUAUAUUAUCUAGGUAUCUGGUUCGCCUGUGGCUGCACUUCAUGGUAAAGUGGAUCUGAAACACCUGGUGGCUCUUCAUAAAAUGCAGAUUUUCCUCAUGUACUGUGAUGUCUGAUGCAAUGCAUCCUAGGACAAACUGGCAAUUUGCUAGUUUACUCUAAUGACUAAACAUAGUCUGGUGUGUGUGGUCUUUCUCAUCUUCUUCUAGUAUCUUUAAGGAUGAAUGCUAAGAACUUGGACACUUGCAAUAAAGGAAUUUUCUUUUAACCCGAAGCCUCUCUGGAUUGGUGACAUACACACCUUUGUCUACAUUUCCGGUCAGAUAGAGAGGCAGCUGUUUGAGCUCUACUGUAUGCUGGGGUUCUGGGGGCCUCCUUCUGAAAUGUGUUAACAGUUAUUGGAUAACUGGCUUUUUUCUUUGGACAUCCUCUUUUGGAAUGUAACAAUAAAAAUAAUUUUUGAAACACUUA